AUGGCUACCAUGGCUGCAACUCCAGCCAAGACGGCUGGGGCUGGCUCCGAGUCUCAUCAGAGCAGUACAAAGCUGCUAGAAAGUCUCUCUUCAGUGCUUCCAGAAGGUCACAAAUUCAGAGCUUAUCACCUCUCAACACCACCAACCCGAACCGAAGCUCUCUUCGCUCCACCCCCAGAUGCACGGCCAGAUAGGACGUACUGCGAAAAUCAUUUCCUCGCCAUCUCGAUCCUUGUUUCAUCCAGUACGUCAAGUGAUGAUUGCUCAAACUCUGUCGACAAGGAGACACCAGUGGACAGGGAAGUCCUGGUCCUGGCGCUGGAGAUCCUCAUCUACACUACUGCAUACACAAGUACUUUCUUUGUGUCCAAGGCCGACUCGACCGGUUACUUGCAUCUCUUGAACCUUCCCAAAGGAACACCCUCCCCAAUUAGGGAGGUAAGCUCAGCGUUUAUUACAUACCUGGUACGCCAGCGCAGGCGCAAAGGGAUACAGUCCAUUGUGAGCUUAUUUGCACGAGCACAAGGACAAUAUCUCUUCCCAGGAAGUGUUGAGUAUAAAGGGAAACAUGUUUUGACCGAUCGAGGUCUCGUUAAAUGGUGGUGCAAGGUGCUUACGCCGCUCCUGGAUGACAAAAACACAAUUUUGGAUUCUUGGAAGUCUGUCAAGGGAUACCUCCUUGUGCCAGGCCUGGAUCAAUACGAAACGCGGGCAUUCAUCCCCAAAACAGGAUCUGGCAAUUCAGCAAACCCGAACUGGGUGCUUGGUCACCCUCUUGAAAAGAUCUCGCACUACACGCACGAGUAUGACUGGGUUCCACCGCGAUGCCUUAUAGCACAUUACCCUGACGACCCCAAAUCUCGUUUCCGCGAUGAGCUGGACCUCGAGGCGGAUGAUGGCAAGGGUCGCAAUGGCAAGUGGAGGAGCGUACACAGUCUUGAUCAGUUUUGGGAGCUGAUGGCGUUCCGACAAGAGUGCUCUAUGGGCGCACUCACGGGGUUCAUCUGGCUGGUCAUGGAUCCACAGGAACCAAACAAUCGUCAAAUCGUCUCCGCACAUUCUUCUCAACAGGAAAACUCCGCCAUGAUCACGCCAGCAGCGUCAUUUGGAACUUCUUCCUUCCCAGCAGAGCCUUCCACUCCGCUUCGGAAAACCAACAACCAGACUCUGGCACUCAGAACGCCUCACAAGAGCCCCCAAAAGCUUGUUGGGACUACCAAGGCGCCGGAUACAUCCUCAGCGACAAAGAAAAAAGUCACGAAGAAGAGGAACAAGAAAAAGAAACUUACGGGGCCCAUCAUCGCACGUGAGCCGCGUAUCAAAACUGCGCAACGUAACUAUCUCGUGGACCGCCCCAUUACAACCCCUUACUAUCACUGGCCACCUGAAGGCAGGGGACGGCGACUUGUGAAAGAAGACGGCUACAAGAGCUCACUUGAGCUGCUGCUCCGCUUAGAUUUUGCCAAUCUGGAGCUCGCUACCGGCAGUACCAGGCGGUGGAUCAAUGAGGUUGGUCUGGGUAUGGCCUGGGGUCUUGAUGUGGUAGGCACACGGCCUCUGCCAUUGUCCUCGAACACGACUAGUCAACCUGCCGCCAAUAACAUUUCUGGUCUGAUUAAAAGGAAGAGACCCGUGGCGGAUACGGCUGACAAAGGCACAGAGCAGGGACCCACGGUCAAUGUUCUUGGGGCUGGCUUGGUCAGAAAAAAGAACAAGGAUGAUGAACCACCUCCAACGAGUGUUCCCGAUAUGACCACCAACCAACCUGAGAUCAAUGUGCUUGGAGCAGGCCUCAUCCGGAAAAAGCCAAAGCCGGCAUAG